UAAAGGAGGCACGCCGCGUCUCUACCGCAAUGUGGAUUCUGGGUCUAUUUUCUGUUUCUAUGAUCUCGUGCUGAUUAAAAAAAAAAAAAAAAAGCAUCCCAUAAUAAGCAGACGCUACAGACCGCUACAGACAGCAACCAGGCUCAACAGUUCAGCGAAUGGUCGUUUCAACUGUGCAUACGACGAGGUACAAGAGCAGACUUUGAAAUUUAAAUCAAAUCACCGUCACAAAAAGGUGCACCGCCCAGCUGAAGAAUGGAUCCCACAGCUCUAUACAAUUCACUGAUUAAAGGGGUUGAAGUUUUCAAGUUUACUGGUAAUCCAGUUCCCAGCGAGCUGCUGCUGAUUGGGGACAGAGCCUUGCCAGUGGCAGUGAAUGACAAGGGCCAGGUCCUGAUCGCUGUGUCUCACUACGGGAGGGGUCGAGUGGCUGUGCUGGCUCAUGAAGGGUACCUGCAUGAUCCCAGUUUCGGACGGUUCCUUCAGAAUGCCGUCGGCUGGCUUAUCCCCACCCCAGGUGCUUCGGUCGGCGUCCAGGCUGGUCAUGAGUCCCUCGUGCAGCAUCUUGCUAGUUCUGGCUGCAGCGUGAAGUCUGCUCCUUUCAGUGCCUCCCUGGGUGUGUAUUGCAUGGAUGCUUAUGGUGUCCGUGAGGCUAAGGAGCUCAUCGAGUUUGUAAAGAGCGGAGGGGGGCUGCUCAUCGCCGGUCAGGCUUGGCACUGGUCCAGCACGCAUGCUGGGGAAGACGUUCUCCUCGCAUUCCCUGGGAACAAAGUAACCACCGUGUCUGGCAUCUAUUUCACAGCCAAGUACGGAGAUAAAGGGGUUUUCCCAGUUUCCAGAGGUAUUCCAUUAAGCUCGCUCGAUGUCUCGCACGGGAAAGACAUCAAACACGAUCUGAAGCUGCUCCUGGACGGUGUGACUGACUUCAAUCUGAACUGUGAGAGUGUUCCAUCUGCUCUGCUGGUUCACGGGCCCCUGGCGUUCCCGAUCGUACUGGACCGUUCCAACAGAGCCAUUCUCGCAGCGGCUCAUUAUGGGAAGGGCCGGAUUGUGGUGCUGUCCCACGAGAGCCAGCUCAGCCACCCACCACUGAAGAAAUUCGUCCUUAAUGCCGUGCGCUGGCUCGGAGCGGCUAAACCAGGCAAGAUUGGCAUCCAGAGCAACCUCACCGUGCUGCACCAGCACCUCAGCGAGGAGGGAUACUGCUGCCAGCUAUCAGAGCUCCAAGACGGCAUGAGCGUUUAUUGCUGCACCUCAUACAGAGACCACCAGGCUGCUGAAAUCCAUGAGUUUGUCGCGGAAGGGGGAGGGCUGCUCAUUGGAGGUCAGGCAUGGUGGUGGUCCUACAGCAACACGGAGCAGGAUGCAGUGGCUGGAUAUCCGGGGAACAAAAUCCUGAACAAAUUCGGCAUCAGCAUCACAGCGUCCACCCUCAAAAACACCGUUUACCGAGCUCCCAGCGCUCAGGAAGCGGCACGCUUGUAUCACUUUCAGAAAGCACUGUCUAAGUUCAGGGAACACGUUCACAGCAAUGAGCCUCUGGGAGCACUGGAGCCUUGUGUGAAGACACUGGGACGCGACUGCGCGUCUUUCCUGAGAAUGAAGGCACACGAAAGCCCUCGGUACUCAAUGAUGUGUCAGAUUUUAACCAUGCUUGUGACAAAGACAGGAAUUCCUCAAGCCAGUAACUGUAACCCUGUCAGAAACCCCAAAGAGAUCAUGUUGCUGAAUUUAGGAACUGAGCUGUACAGUGAAUCGCUGUGCCAAGAAGCGCUGGUGCCUGUCCUCAUGAGGAGCGUUCCUGAACUGGUUGCAGACCCUGCUGUUGAAGUGCAAGUCAACGGGACAAUAGAGGGUUGCAGUGCAUGGAGGAGCACUGGGCUGUUCGUUUCUCCAGGCAAAACGGCACAUGUCAUUGUCCCCUCGGCAGUGACUGGGGCAGGCUGGCAGGUUCAGACUGGCUGCCAUUCUGACGAUCUGAGUGAUAAAGAGGAGCUGAAGCGCCCCCCGGUGGUGAUCCGAAGGUUCCCCAUUAACAGGGAGAGGACAGCUGUGUCCAGCCUGUGGGGGGGCCUCCUGUACAUUGUAGUACCAGCGGGAAGCCAGCUUGGCCCGGUCAAUAUCACUGUGCAGGGAGCGGUCAGGGCUCCUUUCUUCAAAGCUGGUCAGAGCAGCAUAUCGGAGUGGCAGAGGACAGUCCGGCACUACGCCGCUCCCUGGGCUGAGCUGGAGGCUGACAGCAUCAUCCUGACUGUCCCCUCGGACAGCGUUCGCCACCUGGACAACCCCGAGCCUCUGCUCUGCCUGUGGAACAGGAUCACGAGGGGCAUCGCAGAGCUGGCAGCUAGACCCCAUCCGUUCCCCAGGCCAGAGCGCAUUGUGGCCGACGUCCAGAUCUGUGCUGGCUGGAUGCACUCUGGCUAUCCUAUAAUGCUUCACUUGGACUCUGUGAAGGAGAUUGCUCACCUGGACUUCAUGACCUCCAAUAGCAUAUGGGGCCCCAUCCACGAGUUAGGACACAACCAGCAGAGUGCAGCGUGGGAGUUCCCCCCUCACACCACUGAGGCCACCUGCAACCUGUGGUCUGUCUACAUUCACGAGAAGGUCCUGGGAACCCCACGGUGCCGGGCUCAUGAGAUGCUUAGACCAAAGACCCGAAGAGAAGGCCUGAGGAACUACAUGAGAAAUGGAGCGCGGCUGGACCAGUGGAAGGUGUGGGUUUGUCUGGAGACCUACCUGCAGUUGCAGGAAGGGUUCGGCUGGGAGCCGUUCAUCCAGUUGUUCUCAGACUACCAGCAAAUACCGAGCGCUGCCAGGUUAGACAAGGUCAGCAGGAUGAACCUGUGGGCGGAGAAGUUUUCCCAGCAGGUGAAGAGGAACCUGCUCCCCUUCUUCAAGGCCUGGGGGUGGCCUAUCGGAAAGGACCUCGACCAAAAACUGUCAGCUCUGCCAGCGUGGAAGGAGAACCCAAUGAAAGAGUACAUCUGAGCCUCAGGCAUUGUUAAUGAGGGGCAGUGUGGAGAGACCGGGCACCCCAUCACUGUGUGUCUGCACAGCCAUUGUAUGAAAAAUAAUUAUGAAACCUCAACAGAGUGUGGUGGUCAUUAUCCAACUGACGUGCCUUCCAGCAUAUCGCAGUUCAGUGCAAAUUAUAUAUUGUGUAUGUCUUACUGUUUACCUGUAAAACCAAUAAAAACACUUUAUAUCAA